AUGGCACAAUCAAGUUGGCAAGAACGUCGUUCAAACAAUGUUCCACCUCUUCUUCUCGGCACUGAAAACUAUAGCGAUUGGAAAUUCAUGAUGAAGAUUUUUCUCCAGAAGGACACCUACGAGUGGGAUGCUGUUGAGAAUGGUAUCACUAUUCCUAUGAGGGAUGGCAAGCCAAAACCAGUCAAGGAACUCACCACUGAUGAAGUCAAUUCUCUGAACUAUAAUGCUCGAGCUAUGAAUUCACUUCUAAAUGGCUUAUGCGCUACUGAAUUGCGUAAGGUCUCAGCAUGCACGUCUGCAAAGCAAGUCUGGGAUACUAUUGUCGUCAGUCAUGAAGGAACUUCUAAGGUUCGAGAAGUCAAGCUGGAUCUGUUGCUCAGUGACUACGAAAGUUUUAGACUUGAAAAAGAUGAGUCCAUCAAGGAAGCUCAAGGACGUUUCCUCACUCUCAUGAAUUCUAUUGCUCUACUGGAAAGGCAUAUUCCUCAGGCAGAAAGCAAUCGCAAAAUUCUCAGAUCAUUGCCCAAGAAAUUUGCUCCAAAAGUAACUACUCUUCAGGAUUCGGCAUUGAUUUCUCAGAUGGAAACUCUCACUCUCUUCAGCGAAUUGGAAGAAUUUGAAAACCAAUUGCGUAGGUAUGAUGAGGAAGAAGAAGCCCCCAGAAAGAAAACUCUUGCUCUCAAUGCUGACAUUGACUCCACUGAUGACUCAGAUGAAGAAAUUGCUCUUUUGACAAAGAGAUUUCAGAAAUUUUUGGCCAAAAAGAAAGCUGCUGCUCGACCCCAGAAACAAUUCAAUUCAUCAAAAUUCAAUUCACCAAAGAAGGAAACCAAGAACACUUCUACUGAUGAUGCGUGUUUUGAAUGCGGCAAAAAGGGUCAUUUUAAAAAGGAUUGCUUCAAAUGGAAGGCUAAGAAAGCUUCUGGCUCAAAGGAAAAGAAAAAGAGCAAGGCCUUACUGACUUGGAGCGAUGAUGAAUCUGACGUCGAAGUGGACACUGAUGAUGAGCUAGCACAACUUUGCUUGGCAGGCAUUGAGGAAGUCUCCAGCGAUGAUGAAGAGGUACAUUCCGUUACUAUUUCUUUUAAUUCUGAAAUUCCGAAAGAUCUAUUAGCUCUUCAGGUACAGAACAGGAAGCUCCGUGAUAAAAAUGCAUAUCUUAAGAAGGCUCUAAAUGAAGUGCUAAGUGAGUUGGAUGAUUCGCUCAAAGAAGAAUCUUAUGCCGUGGAGAACAAACUUCUCUCGGAGAAAUUGGCUGCACUGGUUGAAGAGAAUGAUUCUCUGAAAGGUGAAAUUAACAAAAGGGAUUCUGAUCUAGCGGCUCUACGGGAGGAAGCCAACAUUGUUCGUGAAUCAGAAAAGAUGAAGGGCAUCACUCAACAAAGAUUCGAUGAACUCCAGAAAAAGAUUGAAUUGUUAAAGAAAGAUUUGGCGAAAUUUGUUCACGGUGAAGGAACCUUGGAUGCUCUAUUAGCUAGUCAGAAAUCUUCACUUGUAAAGGAAGGAUUGGGUUUUAAUUCUGGCUUCAAUUCGAUCAAAAAGAAAGCAUUUGGAAAAGGGAACAAAAGAUCAAAAAUGAAGUACAAUAUGCCAUAUGAAAAAUGCACAGAUUGCAACAGAAAGGGCCAUCCAACAUCAAAGUCGAUUCUUUGUGACCUUAAGAAUCAUUUUGCUAACCAUUUUGUUCGUGCUUCUCCUAAUAUUGUGGAAAUGUGGAUUAAGAAAUCCGAAAGGCAUUUAUAUAAAAUUGUUGACACUAACACUGCAGGACCCAAGAUGAAAUGGGUACCUAAAAUAUAA